AUGUCGGUCAAUAUAACCUCCAUAAAAACAUUCUCCAAUGGAAUUUGGCAAGGUGAUAAUCCCCUAGAUUUUGCAUUUCCUUUGUUGAUUGUACAAACCACUUUGGUUUUCGUUGUCAGUCGCCUCCUUGCCUUCCUUCUCAAACCCCUCCGGCAACCCAAAGUCAUUGCAGAGAUUCUGGGUGGAAUUCUUAUGGGGCCAUCAGCUUUUGGAAGAAACCAAGAAUACAUGCGCCGAAUAUUUCCAAAAUGGAGCACACCAAUCCUCGAAUCGCUGGCAAGCAUUGGUCUCCUCUUCUUCCUCUUCCUAGUAGGUCUUGAGCUCGAUCUCAGCUCACUCCGCCGGAGUGGCCGAAGAGCUUUAGGCAUAGCGGUCGCCGGAAUUUCUCUCCCCUUCAUCCUCGGCAAUAUCGUCGCCUUCGUCCUACGAAAAACCAUCGACGGAGCUGAUAAAGUCGGCUAUAUCCAAUACAUAGUCUUCAUGGGGGUUGCUUUAUCCAUCACAGCCUUCCCAGUUCUUGCGCGCAUUCUAGCCGAACUUAAAUUAUUGACCACUCGUGUGGGUGAGACCGCCAUGGCCGCCGCCGCUCUCAACGACCUCGCCGCCUGGAUCUUGCUCGCCCUCGCCAUCUCCUUAACCGGAAACGGCUCAGGUGGGACCCACAAGAGCCCAUUGAUAGCUAUAUGGGUUUUGCUCUCAGGUGUUGCGUUUGUUGCUUUCAUGAUGGUUUUCAUCAGGCCAGCCAUGAAGUGGGUGGCUCGUCAAUGCUCGCCGGAGCACGACACCGUCAACGAAGCCUAUAUAUGCUUAACCCUGGUUGGAGUAAUGGUGUCCGGGUUAAUAACUGACCUUAUUGGAAUCCAUGCAAUCUUUGGUGCGUUUGUUUUCGGAUUAACGAUACCUAAAGGCGGUGAAUUUGCUCAGAGAUUGAUAGAGAGGAUUGAGGACUUUGUGACUGGUCUGUUGCUUCCAUUGUACUUUGCUUCAAAGCUGUAA